AGUAGAGAUGAGUCUGGGUGUGUAAAUAUAGAAACCAAUGGUCCAUUCGUUUAUUUUGUGCAAAUCUGGAACAGCAAUGGGAUCUGCUGAACUGCGGACAGAAUUAGAAAACCUCCUAAAAAGUCUGAAUAUUGACUUUGUUUCUGUGGACCAUCCGGAGGUUUUCACUGUGGAGGAAAUGAUGCCUCACGUCCAGCAUCUGAAUGGAGCCGUGACGAAAAACCUCUUUCUGAAGGACAAGAAGAAGAAAGGACUGUGGCUCGUCUCGGUGCGUCACGACCGCCAGGUGAACCUGAACGAUCUGGCGAAGAAGCUGGGCGUGGGCAGUGGGAACCUGCGUUUUGCGGAUGAGGCGGCCAUGUUGGAGAAACUCAGGGUGGGUCAGGGAUGUGCUACGGCUCUCGCGCUCUUCUGUGACAAAGACCAGGGUGUCAGGUUCGUCCUGGACAGCGAUUUAGCCGACGGAGGCCAUGAAAGAGUUUACUUUCACCCAAUGACCAACGCUGCGACUCUCGGACUGAAACCAGACGAUCUGAUGAGGUUCCUGAAGGAGACGGGACACGAGCCCAUCCUGUACAGCUUCGAUUAGCUCAACUGACACUUUAUAAUGUUGUAGGUCAGUGACAGAAAAUGUGUCCAGAAUGUUUUUAUUGUAUAAAUAACAGUUCAGUCACGUUUCUGAUUCAAUAAAAAACACAAGAUGAAA